UUAAUCUUUAAAACUUUUGUAUAUCAUAAAUUUUUCAUAUUAAUUUUUAUAAACUCAAAUUUUACAAGGGAAUUUAUAAAUUUAGGAAGGAGAACCAAAAUGUAAAUAAAAAAUUGAAACUAUUCGAAUAUUGAUGGAGAACCAAAAUGUAAAUAAAAUAUUAGUUUUAAUUAACCAAACUAUUCGAAUAUUGAUGGAGAACCAAAAUGUAAAUAAAAAGUUGAAACUUCAAUUUAGAGUUUUGAAUAGUAAACUACUUAAAACUCUAAGUUUUGAAAUUUCUUUUUAGAGAGCAAAAAGUUAUGUAUUUAAAAUUAUUGAGUUUCUUUUGAAAAUACUCUAAACUAGUUGGUUCUCCAUCAAUAUUCAAAUAGUUUGGUUAAUUAAAAUUUUACUAAAAUUAAUAUAAGUUUUUGGUUUUGGUUUGUUAUUGACUAAAAACUCAUGUUUUCGAUUAUUUUGGUUAAAAUUUGAUUAAUUAAGUUUAUAAUUUGGUUAGAAUUGAUAUGGUUUGGGUAUACUUUUUAUAAAAAAAAUAUAUUAGUCAAUUGCUAAACUAAAUCAUAACGAAUAGGAAGCCUAAUUUGGAACACGUUAAGCAAUAUAAAGUAACGGAACUAGUUACUGACGAUUAUUGGCAAACAACAACGGGCAACAAAUAAAAAAACAACACAUAGUGGUAACGGAAAAACUAUUUAACCUGUUAAUUACAUGAUAAAUUUAACAGUACAAUUAUAUUCACAAGUAGAGUGUUUUAUUUUCAUUAAAAGAUUAAAUAUUCAUGUGUUGAUGUUUUAGAAUUUUUGAUCAACCCUUUUCCCACUAAAUUUAAUAAUUGUACUUUUUAUAAUUGAUCUUGAGAGAAGUUAACUAAUAAAUUUUGAAAGUCUGAGAGUCCUAAACGGUUUGUUCAAUCCGUAACAUGUUCGAGUCAAAGAUGAAAGAUAAGUCUCAAAAAUGUCAAAAAAAUUCAAUUGUGUAGUAAUUCGUUACAAGGUAUAUGUCCAAUUUCAAUAAUGAGGUAAGUGAAUUGACCAUUUAUGUUCAAUGAGAACCUGAAAACUAGUUUCAAAAGAAACAAUAAUAGAGAGAAAACAGACUUGACAAAGGUAAUUGUAGAGAGAAGAGAGCCAGAUGAUCAGAUAAUUGUAGUCUGAGUUUUGGUCGACAGAAUAAUUCAGAAUAAGAGUAAUCAUCAUUCCACUGGCUCUAUAUUUUAUAGAAACUCAAUUUAUUUUUAAAGAACAAUAUUUGUAAAGCGAAGAAGGCUCAGAAGGAUCCAUUGGUAAAAAUUUAUAAUCAGGGUUAUAAUCAUAAAAUAGGUAGAUUUUCAUCAUCACUGCCUUCACUACAAAGCCCUAUUUACUCCAAAAAACCGAAGAUUGGAAAUUUUGUAAGAAACAUUAAAAAAAAAAUGAAAACAAAUAAAAAGACAAAGCAGGGGGGAAAGAAGAAGAAGGUGACGAAAGAGUAGAGAAAUAAGCAUGAAGAUAGUUCAAUUGAUAUGGUUGAGGUAAGUAGAAGAUGGGUAUAUAUAUAUGACUAUACGAGGAUGGAGGUGGCUAGGGUUAAGAAGUGUAUUAGGCCGGUUGGGUUAUAAGUUAUAACCUCUGGGGGCUUUUCCAAUUCUUAGGUAGGGAAUUUAUUUAAAACCCGGUCCAUUAAAAGUUUGGUAAUGAUGCCACGUGGCAGAUCAUUACCGAGACGAGAAAUAAAACAGAGAGAAAAAUAUUUAUUCAUUUUAUUUUCCGGGAAAAGAAAGAAAGGGGAAGAAAAGAGCAGAGAUGACGGUUGAAACGCAGCGUAUUGUGAAAGCGCAAAUGGGGAAAUUUCGUCGACGACUUUGGUUUUCUCGAGACCAAACAAACAAACCAACCCUAAAUCGAAGUCCUCCUCGAAAAUGAGCUACUUUUGACUCCUCCCUCCUCCUCCGUUGUUCAUCAUCGGCGAUCUGAGACUUGGUUGAAUCUGAUUUCGUCGUCUUCACACAAGUUGUACUUUUGUUGCUUGAUCAUCUAUGGCUUCCUCUUGUGAUGAAAUGGGCAACCCACUUUUUGACAUAUAUGAAUCAGGAAUGGAUCAAUACGGGCUGCCAAUACAGAGAAGAGAGAUGAAGCAUAAAGGGAGAAACGUUGUAUGGUCCGUUGGAAUGGACAAGUGUCUGAUUGAAGCCUUGGCUUUCCAGGCCCAAAACGGGAACAAAGUUGACAAAUGCUUCAACGAGAACGCAUACUCCGCUGCUUGUCUUGCUGUUAAUACUCGUUUCAACCUUAACCUCAAUAGCCAAAAAGUCAUCAAUCGCCUCAAGACAAUCAAGAAACGGUACAGAGUCAUGAAAGACAUACUUAGUCGUGAUGGUUUCUGGUGGAACGCUACCACCAAAAUGAUCGAUUGUGAAAGUGAUGAGCUCUGGAAAAGAUAUAUUGCAGUACACCCAGACGCGAAAGCAUUCAAGGGAAAGCAAAUUGAGAUGUACGAGGAACUUAGAAUUGUAUGCGGUGACCACCAUCAAGCCCCAGGUCGAUAUGCCAAGGUGAAAGCUGAAAGCAAUCAUCACCUAAACGACUUUAAACACUUUGAAGAAGGAUCUGUUUCAUUCCCUUUACCAAGCUCAGAAGACAAUAAUAGCGAUACAGAUGGAACAGAGUCAUACGCAGGAGGAGGAGGAGGGGAUGAUGAGUAUUUGCAUGAAGAGCCUCAAGAUCUCCCUCCUCGAAAUCCUUUAAAGCAGCCUCUUAAACGACCUAGAAACUCAGAUCCUUUCCAAGAAGCCAUGUUAGCGGUUGCUUCAAGCAUUCGUCGCCUAGCUGAUGCAGUGGAAGGAAGCAAAAGUUUGAUCAACACAGAGGAACUGCUUGAAGCAGUGAUGGAGAUUGAUGGAUUGGAAGAAGCGAAGCAGAUGUAUGCGUUUGAGUAUCUGAAUGGUGAUCCGGUGAAAGCUAGAGCGUUCAUGGCUUAUAAUAGUAGGAUGAGGAAGUUGUUUUUGUUUCGACAGUUUUGGUGGUGGAAGUAAUAACACAAAAUGUGGAUUUGCUUGCUUCUCUAUGACGUAGUAGUAGAAUUUUGUUUUAAGGUAAUUUAAAGUCUAGAGUUUGUGUAUUCCGUGAUUGUUGUCUAUGGUAAAAUGAUUUAUCCCAAGUAGUAACAUUGCAAAACCAAUGUUUCAGUCCUAACAAUUUUGUAGUCGGGCAAAAACCAAACCAAUUAAAAUAAGAAAUCGAAUCAAAAUUUUAUAAAUAGUUGAUUUGUUUUUGAUUGUCAAAAAUAUUCUAACUGAAUCAAAAUCAAUAGAUAGCUGAAUAUAUAAAAUAUAAUUUUAUAUUUAAAAUAUUAACUAUAUCUAUUGAAAAUAUUUAUAAAUAUAUACAAAAGGAAUUUACUCAUAGUUGUUUAAAUUAUCUGAAUAUUUUUAUUUAAAAUAUUGAAAUUGGUUUGGUUUAGCUCAAUUUACAACUGCAGUUUCGUUGGGUUUAACUGAAUUUUAGUAUGGUUGGUCCGCUUGGUUUCUCUAAAAUAAAUCAACUUAAUCAAUUGAUCGGAGAAAAAUAACACAACGCAACUGACACGUUAUCUCCCAUUUUCAUCAUCCAUCGAUCAUCACCAUCUAAAAACCAUGCAAAAUAGGAAUUGUUUUGAAGACUGGUAAGGAAACAUGGUGAAGUCACUCUCUUUUGUUCAUCAACCCUAAACUCAUUCUUCUUCUCCACUCUCUCUUCAUCAACUUCUUCCAAGAAUAACUAAAUUGCGUGUUCAGCAAACAUCAAGAACCAGACAAUAUCGUCUCUGUCAUGAAACAGACGAGAACGGUCUCUUGGGUUUAUGAUUAACUUUCUUGUGUUUGGUCUCAUGGAGAGCUUCUGGAGAAAGUGAAGCAAGAUCGGAAAAAGAGGAUUGAGCGACGAGCUGUUCUUAACUCUGCUGUCAAUGAAAAGGGUACUUCUUGUCACAAUCAAUCUUUCAUCUUUUUGUUGUUGGUUUUUUUUCUGUGUUCGAGAGAAUUGCAAAGUUUGGAUUGUGUUUAGAAGAAAGUUACUCAGACUUUGAAGUUACAUGUAGCAGUAACCUGAAGAAUCAACAGUCUUUAUAGUUAAUUGGUUUUGUUCCAA